AUGCCGGCGGCGCGGCGGGCGCUGUGGCCGGGCUGCGAGCGGCGCAGGAUGAAGGUGCUGGUGGCGGCGGCGGCGCUGGGCGCGGCCCUCCUGCUCCUGCUGCCCGCGGCCUCCCGCGCCGACGAGCGCAAGAAGGGACCCAAGGUCACCGCCAAGGUGUUUUUCGACCUGCGGAUCGGUGAGGAGGAUGUGGGCCGUGUCGUCAUCGGGCUCUUCGGCAAGACAGUGCCCAAAACUGUGGAGAACUUCAUGGCCUUGGCCACCGGAGAGAAAGGAUUUGGCUUCAAGGGCAGCAAGUUCCACCGUGUGAUCAAGGACUUCAUGAUCCAGGGAGGAGACUUCACCCGUGGUGACGGCACUGGAGGUAAAAGCAUCUACGGGGACCGUUUCCCUGACGAGAACUUCAAGCUGAAGCAUUACGGGCCGGGCUGGGUGAGCAUGGCCAACGCUGGCAAGGACACCAACGGCUCCCAGUUCUUCAUCACCACCGUGAAGACGCCGUGGCUGGACGGGAAGCACGUGGUGUUCGGCAAAGUGCUGGAGGGAAUGGACGUGGUGAGGAAGGUGGAGAGCACAAAGACAGACAGCCGGGACAAGCCCCUCAAGGACGUCACCAUCGUCGACUGUGGCACCAUCGAGGUGGAGAAGCCCUUUGCCAUCGCCAAGGAGUGACGGGACCAGGGACCAGCCCUGCCAGGCUGUGAGGGGCUGUGGGAUGGGGCUGCUGUGCUUCCCCUGCCCUGGGUCCCGCUGUGCCCCAGUGCCAGCCCCUCUCCCUGCUGCCUCCAGCCAGUGGGACAGGGCACAGGCUGCUCUUCCAUCACUUUUGUAAGAAGCACAUGCACCAAUAAAUGUGACCAAUGUGUUUUUUAAA